GCAUGAAUUGAAACUUCAACUGAUAGAACAACAGAUAAAAGAUAAAGAAAAUGAGCUUGGGCUUAUGCUUUAUCUUAGAUCUGCAGAAAAACAAAAAAAUCUUAAAGAGCACUUCUUGCUUGAUCUACAGAUAAAAGUUAUUGCUAAAAAUGGUGAAAGAAAUGCUGAAGGGAAUCAACGACUUUAUGAGGUAAUAAGAGACUAUAUGAAAGACAAAGAUGAUAUUACUGGUUCGUCUUUGGAUGCAAAAUCAACUGAUACACCAGUCUAUCAACUCGUAGAUUUCAUCAAGGCCAUAAAGAAAUGCCGUAUCGUUGAUAUUUCUCCCACUGAUCAUUCGUCAACAGAUAUACAAAUCAACUGCCUCAGUUCGAAUGCCAUGGAAGAUUUUCUCAAGUCUAUCAUCGGUAACGAAUUUCAACAAAAACUGUUUGACCUUAGACGAUGGCUACAAGUGCAAUAUGACAUUGAAUCGUAUGACAUAAUGGCUAAUUGCUCAUCAAAUGGCAUAGAGAAAGCAAAGCAACGUCUGCAUUUUACUGACGUAACCAGAACUUUGACUUGUUCCGAACAUCAAAAUACACAAUGUACUCUCUAUUGUCCUGACCAUGACACGUUUUUAUGUACAGCAUGCAGGGAAUCAAGACAUGGCACAUGUCUUGGAAUAAAACAAGUUAUAUCUGAAAGGUCUUACUUUGAACAGAAACGUCGUCUCAACAUCAAAAGUAUAAAAGGAUCUUAUAACGUUAGGAUAGAUAAUACUUUGAUAAAUAGAGACAACAAUGAUCAAUAUGAGUGUAUUAUCACUAGUAUGUGUAUGCUUCCUAAUGAUGAAGUUCUCCUUGCUGAUUUAAACAAUAAAAGACUGAAGAAGUUGAACAGUUCAUACACAGUAAUAAGUCACUGUGAUGUACCUGAAUCUCCCUAUACUGUAUGUUAUAUAGGCAAUGAUACAGCUGUUGCUGGUUUAAGAGGCAAUACCAUACAGUACGUAAAUGUGUCAGGUAAGAUAAACCUAAGACAUUUAGUGAAGCUAGAUCAUGGAUGUCACGAUCUAGCUUGUCACGGUGACACACUCUAUAUUUGCAGUAGAGACACAAUUUACACAUAUGACAAAAACUGUAAACAAAAGCAAGUUUUCUAUCAUUAUUGUGACAAUCUGGACAGGUUCUACAGACACUCAAUUGCUAUAAGUGACAAUGGGGAACGACUCUACUUCAAGGCAAAUACCGAUCUAACUACAAUAGAUGCCAAUGGAAAUCAUUUAUUCAACGAACAAUUUGACGGUUAUCGCUUACAUGAUAUAUGUAUGGCUGGUGAAGGUAUUGUUCUUGUAUUAGAUGCAGCAAACAACGUUCAUCAGCUGGAUUAUAAUGGAAAAAAGUAUCGGACUGCAGAUAACGUGCCAUUAAAUAUUUCAUUUUCGCAGUCUAUGCGUUUCGACAGAGAAAGAUGUAGACUUAUUGUUGGUGGUAGUGAAGACAAGAUACAUGUUUACAAAUGCGAGUGUUUGCCAAGUUAGUUAAUAAAAAUUUGAUAAACAGGGAACCAAACGAAAAAUGCAUCGCUUAUCUACUUUUGUUUAUUUAAAUUUAUAAGUUUGUAUGUUUGCUUAUUUCUUCAUCGAGUCAUUUACUUAAUAUUUGAUAUUGCACUUAUGUACCUUGAAUAUAUUUGUAAGGACAUGUAUAUAUGAGAUAACUUUUUAUAAUAAAGGUUGAAUAGUGACAAGUAUGAAACUUUUUUUAAUCCAAAUCGAGACUAUUGAACAACAAGACAAUCUUGUUAAAGGACUAACGAAUGAAUUGAUAUUGAGAUUGAUUUAUCCAGCAUAUUGUCAUUUCUACGUUGGCCUAAAGUAGAACUUAAUUUGUUUCCCCUUCCUUACCUACCGAACAAAUUUGCCCUUACCAAAAAAAAAGAAAAACAGAUUUGUUCAUGUUCUAAGGGAAUGGAAGUAUAUGUUUUCUUUCAGAAUACAACACAG